GGGGGGGAGGGCUGCCCUCUGGCCUCGGCACUUGGGAGGAAACUGAGGCAGCAGACGGGGGUAAAAAACCCAACGACGAUCGACCUUAUUUAGGAUAGAAGCUUGGCCGCGGGGCAGGGAGUGGCAAGAUGGCGCUGCUCGUGGCCAAUGGGGUUAACCGUACAACUACGCUCUCUGGGCUCUGAAGUCGCCCAUCUAUGGCGGGCGAGGGGGUGAAAGCAGCGGGCAUUGGAGCCGUAAAUGCCCGGGGCAGGAUGGGGAACAAAAAUGGAGGGAGAAGGGAGGAGUUAAAAUAAAAGAGUGAGGGAGGGGCGUCCUAUGACCCAAGAUGGCGGCCUUUACCUCACCCUCUACCCCGGAUGGUGGUGCUUAUUCCCUCCAAUGGCUGUCGUACGGGGGAACCUAUCCCCCCACACGCGUCGGAAGGAGGGAGAUAGGGAGGGGACAGACCAGGGGGAUAUGGACAUACUGUAUAUGGGACCUAGAGAGGAAAUUACAGGGGAAGCUCUAAGAUGGCGUCGCACAUGAAAAGCCCGAUCGGGGAGGGCAGCCGGCAGCGGAGGGAAGCAGCAGCGAGAGGGGGGGGGCUUUAUUUUGAACAGGAAUAGCCAAAUUUGGAGCAGGCGGCUAGAAAAAAGGGAGGAGCCACCACCCCGCCUAUACUUUCCCCGCCCCUCCUCUCUAAGUUGGGGUGGAUUUUGGGGGUAGUUCAUUGCUCCCUCCGCCAAGAUAGGGUGAAGCGAAAGGGAACACCCUAGUCGGGGGUGAAGGCGGAUUCUCCCUUUUGCAAGAUGGCGGCGCCGUACUGAAAGGAGGACCGCUCAAGGGGGGCCAUCAAUGGCCACUGUGGUGUCGCCUGCCACCCCCGGGGGGGCCUCCCCUGCCGACGGGACCUCUGGGGCUGCUCCCAGCCUGGGGCUGCUGCAGCCGCGCUGGAAGCGGGUGGUGGGCUGGUCUGGUCCUGUGCCCCGGCCCCGCCAUGGCCACCGCGCUGUGGCUAUCAAGGAGCUCAUCGUCGUCUUUGGUGGUGGCAACGAGGGCAUCGUGGAUGAGCUGCACGUUUAUAACACUGCCACCAACCAGUGGUUCAUCCCAGCUGUGCGGGGAGACAUCCCGCCAGGCUGUGCCGCCUACGGCUUUGUGUGCGAUGGCACCCGCCUGCUGGUCUUCGGCGGCAUGGUGGAGUAUGGCAAGUACAGCAACGACCUCUAUGAACUCCAGGCCAGCCGCUGGGAGUGGAAGAGGCUGAAGGCAAAGACCCCCAAGAAUGGGCCUCCACCCUGCCCCCGUCUGGGCCACAGCUUCUCACUGGUUGGCAACAAGUGCUACCUCUUUGGGGGGCUAGCCAAUGACAGUGAAGACCCCAAGAACAACAUCCCCAGGUACCUGAAUGACCUGUACUUGCUGGAACUGCGGGCAGGCUCAGGUGUGGUGGCCUGGGACAUCCCCAUCACGUAUGGGGUGUUGCCACCGCCCCGUGAGUCUCACACAGCUGUGGUCUACACUGAGCGUGACACCCGCAAGUCCAAGCUUGUCAUCUACGGUGGCAUGAGUGGCUGCCGCCUCGGUGACCUCUGGACCCUUGAUAUCGAGACCCUGACAUGGAACAAGCCCAGCCUGAGUGGAGUAGCACCCCUGCCCCGCAGCCUGCAUUCUGCCACCACCAUUGGCAAUAAGAUGUAUGUGUUUGGGGGCUGGGUACCCCUCGUUAUGGAUGACGUCAAGGUGGCCACACACGAGAAGGAAUGGAAAUGCACCAACACUCUCGCCUGCCUCAACCUGGAUUCGAUGGCAUGGGAGUCUAUCUUAAUGGACACACUGGAGGACAACAUCCCACGAGCACGGGCUGGACACUGUGCUGUGGCCAUCAACACACGCCUCUACAUCUGGAGUGGGCGUGAUGGUUACCGUAAGGCUUGGAACAACCAAGUUUGCUGCAAGGACCUCUGGUACCUCGAGACUGAGAAGCCUCCAGGGCCGGCACGGGUACAGCUGGUGCGGGCCAACACAACAUCAUUGGAGGUGAGCUGGGGCGCAGUGCCCACAGCCGACUCCUACCUCCUGCAGUUGCAGAAGUAUGACCUGCCAGCGGCUGCUUCACCUGCACCUACCCCCGUGCCCUCGGUGCCCGCCAACCCACCCAAGAGCCCUGCGCCUGCUGCCGCUGCACCUGUUGCCCCUACGCCUGCUGCUGCUGCUCCACCCCUGGCCCAGGUGGGCAUUACUCUGCUGCCCCCAGCCACUGCUGCACCUGCUCCUGCCACCACUGCCCUGCAGGUGCUGCCUGCCAGUGCUGCCCUGCCUGUUGCCUCCAGCCCCCGCACACAGGGUGUGCCAACAGUGCUCAAAGUGCCAGGCCCGCAGGCCUCGCCAGGGCCCCCACUGGUGACAGUGCGCUCAGCUGGGCAGGUUGGCAAGGCCCCAGUCGCCGUCACCUCACUGCCUGCUGGUGUGCGCAUGGUAGUACCCACCCAGACUGCCCAGGGCACGGUGAUUGGGAGCAGCCCCCAGAUGAGUGGUAUGGCGGCACUGGCGGCAGCAGCGGCUGCCACACAGAAGAUCCCGCCAGCCUCAGCACCCACGGUGCUCAGUGUCCCAGCUGGCACCACCAUCGUCAAGACUGUGGCUGUGUCCCCUGGUACCACCUCGUUGCCUGCCACCGUCAAGGUUGCCUCCUCACCUGUCAUGGUGAGCAACCCAGCGACACGGAUGCUGAAGACAGCAGCGGCUCAAGUGGGCACAUCGGCCUCGGUGGUCACAUCAGCAACACCCACACGGCCCAUCAUCACUGUGCACAAAUCAGGCACUGUCACUGUGGCACAGCAGGCCCAAGUCAUGACCACCGUGGUGGGUGGUGUCACCAAGACCAUCACUCUCGUCAAGAGCCCCAUCUCCGUGCCUGGUGGCAGUGCCCUGAUCUCCAACCUGGGGAAGGUGAUGUCAGUGGUGCAGACGAAGCCGGUGCAGAGCUCUGCGGUGACCGGGCAGGCGUCUAGUGGGCCUGUCACGCAGAUCAUCCAGACAAAGGGUCCACUGCCAGCAGGCACGAUUCUGAAGCUGGUGACAUCAGCGGAUGGGAAGCCCACAACCAUCCUGACGACAACACAGGCAGGCGGCAGCACAGCCAAGCCCACUAUCCUGGGCAUCAGCAGCGUCUCACCCAGCACCACCAAGCCCGGCACCACCACCAUCAUCAAGACUAUCCCCAUGUCAGCCAUCAUCACCCAGUCCGGCGCUACCGGUGUGACGAGCAGUCCUGGCAUCAAGUCCCCCAUCACCAUCAUCACCACCAAAGUCAUGACCUCGGGUACUGGCACCCCUGCCAAGAUCAUCACAGCAGUGCCCAAGCUGGCCACAGGCCAUGGGCAGCAAGGGGUCACACAGGUGGUACUGAAAGGGGCGCCAGGGCAGCCGGGCACAAUCCUGAGGACAGUGCCCAUGGGAGGGGUGCGCCUUGUCACCCCUGUCACCGUCUCAGCUGUGAAGCCCACCGUCACCACGUUGGUCGUCAAGGGAACCACAGGGGUGACGACACUGGGCACGGUGACAGGGACAGUGUCGACCAGCCUAGCAGGAGCAGGUGGACACAGUGCCAAUGCCUCGCUGGCCACACCCAUAACUACACUGGGCACCAUCGCCACGCUCAGCAGCCAGGUGCUCAACCCUGCUGCCAUCACUGUUUCAGCUGCCCAGACCACUAUGGCACCUGCUGCAGGCCUAGCCACGCCCACCAUCACCAUGCAGCCUGUGUCACAGCCCACCCAGGUGACGCUGAUCACGACACCCAGCGGUGUGGAGGCACAGCCUGUCCAUGAUCUGCCUGUGUCCAUCCUGGCCUCACCUACAGCUGAGCAGCCAGCAGCUGCUGUGAGUCUGGCGGAACCAAGCCCCAGUGACCCCAGCCCAGGCACUGUGACCCUGGUGUGCUCAAACCCACCCUGCGAGACGCAUGAGACGGGCACCACGCCCACAGCCACCACAGUGCUGAGUGCUGGAGCCCGGCCCUGCGCCAACCCCCCAUGUGAGACGCAUGAGACAGGCACCACGCCCACGCCUACAGCUGCCAACCCACCCUGCUACACUCGCCACACCAGCGCCACGGGCACCACCAUGACAGCCAUUGCUGGCAGCAGCACUGGGCAGCACUUGGGUGCCAACCCUCUGUGUGAGACGCACAAAACCAGCCUCACCAACAUAGCCACAGCAGCCACCAAUGAGCAAUUGUGCACCAACCCCCUGUUCGAAACAGGCAGUAUCAACACAGCCACAAUGGCCACAGCUGGGCGAUUGUGUACCAACCCCCCGUGCGAGGUGCAUGAGUCUGACACCCCCAGCAUGGCCAUGACUGCCACGGCUGGGCAGCGAUUGUGCUUCAACCCCCCAUGUGAGACGGGCGUCACCAGUACAGCCAUGGUUGGGCAGCGCUUGUGCAGCAAUCCCCCGUGCGAGACGCAUGAGACGGGAACCACUAGCACAGCCACAACAGCCACAGCUGGGCAGCGAUUGUUUUCCAACCCCCCAUGUGAGACGGGCACCAUCAACACAGCCAUGGCCAGGCAACGGUUGUGCACCAACCCGCCCUGCGAGAUGCACGAGACAGGCACCACCAACACAGCUACAACAGCUACAGCUGGGCAGAGAUUGUGCUCCAAACCUCCAUGUGAGACGCACGAGACGGGUACCACCAACACGGCCACAACGGCCCGGUCCCAUAUGGGCCGGGGGCCGGGGGUGCCACCCACUCCUCCAUGCCACACGCAGCAGACCAGUUCCACAGGUACCACUAUGUCAGUGCGAGCAGGGGAGGGACAGCAAUCGCGUGCUGGGUGGCUGGCUCAAGCCCCACCUCCUCGCACAGCCCCGACCCCUCCCACGGUGCCUGAGAGCCAACCUCGCCCAACCCCAGACACUCAUGUACUGCCAUGGGCAUGUGGAGACCCCCCAUGUGAAACCCAUAAAACAGGUACCACCAACACAGCCACAGUGGCCAUGGCUGGGCAGCGAGCGUGCACAAGUCCCAAAUGCGAGACACAUGAGAAGGGCACCACCAACACAGCCACAACGGCUGUGGCUGGACAGUACUUGUGCUCCAGUUCCUUGUGUGAAACAAGUAGUACUAGCAUGGCUAUGAUAGCAACAGCCAGGCAGCAAGCGUGCACAAAACCCCUGUGUGAGAUGCACGAGACCAGUGCGACCCAUACAGCUGUGACAGUCACAGCCACCCAACGACUGUGCUCCAAUCCCCCAUGCGAGACGCAUGAGACUGGCACCACCAGCACAGCCACAACGGCCACUGCUGGACAGCGACUGUGCUCCAAUCCCCCAUGUGAGAUGCAUGAGACCGGCACCACCAGCACAACCACAACAGCCACAGCUGGGCAACGAUUAUGCUCUAAUCCCCCAUCCGAGACAGGAGCCACCACAACUCUGGCUGGACAGCGCUUGUGCUCCAACCCACCAUGUGAGAUGCAUGAGACGGGCACCACCAAUACAGCCACUACUGCCACAGCCAACAUGGGAGGGGGGCAUGGGCAGGGGCAAGAGCCAGAUGGUGCCACAGACCCAUGUGACCCGCAGCCUGCAGGCACUGCAACGGUAGCUGAGGCAGCUGCCACCCACCCCCUGGGGGAGCCACCCAGCAAGGGGGAGCCCCCAGCCACCACCACUGCCCCCCCCAGCCCCCUCCACACCUGCUCCAACCCACCCUGCGAGACCCAUGAGACAGGCACCACCCACACGGCCACCACUGUGACUGCCAGCAUCGGGCCCAGCCAGGACCAGCCACCUGCUGCCAAUGGGCAGGGAGAACCAGAGACCACACAGGCUGAAGGCAGUGCUGCAGCUCCCAGCAGCAACGCCAGCCCCGGGCCCAGCUUGGCCCAGCCUCGUGCUGUCACCACUGUCACCCAGUCCACACCUGCACCUGGCCCUGCCGUCCCAGCCAUCUCAUCGCUGACAGAGCCACCAGCCGAGGACAAGCCUGAGGCAGCACCUGCGGCCGAGCCCCCAGUGCCCCCUGGCCCCGAGCCAGCCUCCUCUGAGCCCCCUGAACAACUGCAGCUAGCAGAGGAGCCCCCAGCGUCCCCCACACCACCUGCUGUGCAUGAGCUGCCGCCUCCUGAGCUAGCCCCCACUGUCCCUGAGGAGCCACCCUUGCCACCCACUGGCCCCAUCCCAGACCCAGUGGCUGUGGUGGUGAUGCCGGAGGGUCCUACUAGUGGCCCUCCAGCACCCCAACCUGAGGUGGAGCCCCUGGGCCUGCCCCAGGAGCUGAUGGCUGAAGGGCAGGCGGGUGCUGCUACCACCCUUAUGGUGACAGGGCUGACACCUGAGGAGCUGGCUGUGACAGCAGCGGCUGAGGCAGCUGCCCAGGCCGCAGCCACUGAGGAGGCCCAGGCCCUGGCCAUUCAGGCUGUGCUGCAGGCUGCCCAGCAGGCUGUCAUGGGAGCUGGGGAGCCACUGGAUGCAGCAGAAGCGGGCACAGGGCCAGCCGAGCUGGGGGCGCUGGGGGCUGAGGGGCCGGAGGGGCCUCCUGCCACCAUCCCUAUAGUGCUGACACAGCAGGAGUUGGCAGCAUUAGUACAGCAGCAGCAGCAGCUGCAGGAGGCACAGGCAGUGGCCGCUGCAUCCCAGGCACAGCAUGGCACUGCCCUGCACCUGCCUACUGAGGCACUGGCACCUGCUGACAGCCUCAAUGACCCAGCCAGUGAGAGCAAUGGGCUGGCUGAGCUGCCAGGCCCUGCUGGACCCACCCCUGGCCUGCCCCCCCCACCCCCUGACAGCCUAGCACCCUCCAGCACAUUCGUGGCACCACAGCCUGUAGUGGGCCCCAGCCCAGCCAAGCUGCAGGCAGCUGCUGCUCUGGCUGAGGUGGCCAAUGGCAUUGAGCCUGCCCCUGUGAAGCCAGACCCAUCGGUGCCGCCCCCCAAGGCGCUGGUGAAGAAGGAGAACCAGUGGCUUGAUGUGGGCGUGGUCAAGGGGACAAACAUGAUGGUGACGCACUACUUCCUGCCCCCUGAUGAUGCACCUCCCACAGAUGAUGACUCUGGCACAAUCCCUGAUUACUCACAGCUGAAAAAACAGGAGCUGCAGCCAGGCACAGCGUAUAAGUUCCGUGUGGCUGGGAUCAAUGCUUGUGGCCGGGGACCCUUCUCGGAGAUCUCAGCCUUCAAGACCUGCCUUCCUGGCUUCCCUGGUGCCCCCUGUGCCAUCAAGAUCAGCAAGAGCCCAGAUGGAGCACACCUGACCUGGGAGCCCCCCUCAGUGACAUCCGGCAAGAUCAUCGAGUACUCGGUGUACCUGGCCAUCCAGAGUGCAGGGGCAGGGCCUGAGCCCAAGGGGGCAGGGCCAGGCCCAGCUGGCGGGGCAGGGCCAGGGCCAGCCCAGCUGGCCUUCAUGAGGGUCUACUGUGGGCCAAGCCCCUCAUGCCUGGUGCAGUCAGGCAGCCUGUCCAGUGCCCAUAUUGACUACACCACCAAGCCGGCCAUUAUCUUCCGUAUCGCUGCCCGCAAUGAUAAGGGCUAUGGCCCCGCCACCCAGGUGCGGUGGCUCCAAGAGUCCAGCAAGGAUGGCUCCAUGGCCAAGCCAGCAGGCAAACGCCCACUCUCCUCCCCCGACAUGAAAUCUGCUCCAAAGAAGCCCAAGGCCGAGGGGCAGUGAAGGACCCCUACAACACCACCCCAGGCAGCUCACAGCACUGGCUCAAAGGAUGGAACCCACCCCUCUGCUCCAUGGAGGGCAACAAGAGCUACACCUCCCAGAAUGGGCUGGGGAGAGGCUUUUCAGUGGGUGGGCUGGCUGGAAUUAAGUUCUUUUGUACUCCCCUCCCCCACCUUGGGGUCCCCCUUCCUUUGUACAGACUGGGGGGGGGGGCAGAGAUAUUGCCAUGACAAGUCCCCCCACAUCCAAGCUGGGGUUCUUAUUUGCCUGCCACCUGAGGAGGCUGUGAUUUGAGGGUGGGGUCUAAGCUUGGACCCUGCUCCCGUUGUCAUUCUGGGGGGUGCCCCCCUUUCUCCCUCAGACACAUUUUUUGUAUAAAACCCCCUUUUUUUUAGGAAAAAAAAAUUAAAGGAAAAAAAAUUAAGGUCUGUAAGGGGUAGGGGCGGGGGCUCCCUACUUGGCUCCGCCCCCUUUCGGUCCAACCCCCGUUUUGUAUUAUAGUGUAUUUCGCUGUGGACGCCCUGUCCUCAGGCCUCGACCUCCUCCCCUCCCGGGACAGGCCCUGCCCCCUCCCCGUGCCGUCGUAUCUGUCGUUUUUGUGCUAUUUUGAACAAUUAAAGACAUUUUUUUGAAGUAAACAAAAA